AUGGCAGUCAGCUUGGACAUCAGUAAAACUCUGAAAUUGCCCUAUGUUACAAUGACAGUGAAAGUGGCGGAUACUUCUGCGUAUAUCACAAGCAAAACUUUUGAAAUUAUAAUCCUGCAAUUUCAGAAUUUCCACAACCUGUUCAAGGAAAUGGCAAGUGCUCUUGAGACAGUUUGA